UCAGAAUAAAAUGGCUGAAGGUACAGAAUACAAUGGCACUGAAAACAUACUUGCUGCCACCGACCUUCCCUUCAAUUUCACCAUGGAAUAUGAUGAUUUUCAGUCAGAGUCCAAUGCUACCAAGAUCAUCAUUCCUUCUAUCUAUGCUCUAGUCUGCUGUGUGGGCAUCAUAGGGAAUGCUAUGGUUAUAUACGUUAUCCUGAAGUAUGCCAAGAUGAAAACAGCCACCAAUAUUUACAUUUUGAACCUGGCAAUUGCUGAUGAACUUUUUAUGUUGAGCGUGCCGUUUCUGGCCACAUCUGCUGCAGUGCGCCACUGGCCCUUCGGAUCGUUGAUGUGUCGGCUGGUUCUUAGCGUGGAUGGCAUCAACAUGUUUACCAGCAUUUUUUGCUUGACUGUGCUCAGCGUGGACCGCUACAUUGCAGUAGUGCACCCCAUCAAGGCAGCACGUUACCGCCGACCUACUGUCGCCAAAGUGGUUAACGUCUGCGUGUGGGGACUUUCACUUCUUGUCAUCUUGCCCAUCAUUAUCUUUGCAGACACUGUUCCAGCGCAGGAUGGGGGAGUAGACUGCAACUUUCUGUGGCCUGAGUCUUCAUGGUCAGAAGCAUUUGUGGUCUAUACCUUCUUGCUAGGCUUCUUACUUCCCGUGGCAGCUAUCUGCCUGUGCUACUGCUUAAUUGUGGUGCGGAUGCGAGCGGUAGGGCUCAAGGCAGGAUGGAUGCAGAGGCGGCGUUCUGAGAAAAAGAUCACCCGCAUGGUGCUACUGGUGGUUGCUGUGUUUGUCCUUUGUUGGAUGCCCUUUUACAUCGUGCAGCUUGUGAGUGUCUUCUGCCAGCCACCAGACCCCAUGGUGACUCAGCUGUUUCUUAUUCUAAGCUAUGCUAACAGUGGUGCUAAUCCUAUUCUAUAUGGAUUUGUGUCUGACAACUUCCGACGUUCCUUCCAGAGAAUAGUCUGCUUCCGCUGGAUGGAGAAUGGGCCAGAUGCAGAGCAGGUGGACUACUGUGCUGUGGCCCUCCGGCGGCAAACAACAUGUGGUCCACAGGACUUCCCGAAAGAGUGUUGCUUAGCCUCGGAUAUGGUGUUUCGCAAUGGAACAUGUACCUCUCGUACCACUACCCUGUAA